UUGAUUUCCCACCCACCAUUUGUCCGAAUGUCAACAAUCAAAGAUGUAAAAAGACAACAUAUGCAAUCUUCUGUUACUUAACAGAAGAUGGAUAGUGCUUACGGAAUUUCAGAGGUUUUAAAUAUACCAGGGAAUCACAUAAAAUGGCUGUCAAAGACCAGAACUGUUUGUUUGGUACCAGAUUCAUGGUUACACAGUGUUGUUGAGAGAACAUUGUCUGCAUAUAGAUGGAACAAUGAGCUAUGUUUAUCAGACUGUGACCAGUAUCUUGCCUUGUCCAAGACCACGAUUCCACAUCCUUGGAAAAGAAUAUCUAUAAAAAUUUGUCAAAAGUCAGAUGAUUUGAUAUCCGGAUUACCAGAUGGACCCCUCAUACAUAGUCCUGAAACCAGCAGUUCUUUACAUGGUCAUCUAAGUGAAAUCAACAGGGAUAAUUACCUCAAUCUUUGGGCCAAGAAAUACUAUGAUGUACAACCCAAGCAGGCAGUAUCUGAUAAACUAUUACAAAAGAAAUGUGAUGUCCUUCAACAUUAUUUGGAAAGACUUUAUCCAGAGCAGAUGGCAGACUUGAAAACCAGCAGGCAAAGUUCAGUUACCCAUAUAUCAUCUAGUCCUUGUUCAUUACAGAACAUUUUACAUGUAAUCAAGAUAUAUGAGACAGACGAUGCCUUUUAUGUGAUACAGCCAUUUGUGCUUCAUAAUAUUCAGAAUGUUAUAGCCUUCAGUCCUGCUGUUUUCAAAUCUUCUAUGACCAAACCACUGUUUGUUCUUUAUCAGUUACUACAUUUGCUUAAUCAGUUGCACAAAAAGGGAUUAAUUCUUGGUAAUGUUAGCUUACAUGAUGUACUCUGUGAUGAGAAACUAUGGAUUUAUACUUCAGGUUUGCAAUUUGAAAAUAUUUUGGAGAUUUUACAAUCAAAACAAAAUGGGCCAGAAAUAGUUGGCAAGGAUAAUUUACCUUCAAGAACAACACGAAAUCAAAAUGUAAAAUCUGAAAUAGACAGUAAAAAGAUUUUAAAUAUUCAGAGAACAGACAUAUGUAAUGAAGCAUCAAAUAGCAAAAGGAUUUAUUCUGAUCAAGAUCAUUCAGGUGUUUCAAUAGUUAGGGAGCAUCCUAUGUGUUCAAGGCUAAUCAGUGAAUCAGACAGUUUAGUAGAAGAUGCUAGAAUGUUUUUACAGUCUAAUUAUACAAGAAAAUACUCGGUACAUAACUUGCCAACUUUAGUAGAAGAUUGGGUACAUAAAAGAAUUACAAACUUUAAAUAUUUGAUGGUUUUGAAUCAUUUAGCAGGCAGAAGAAUGUCUGAUCCAAAUAAUCAUCCAAUACUUCCAUGGGUUAUGGAAUUUUCAUCAACUGAAGAAGAGUUUGAUAUGAGGGAUUUAACAAAGAGUAAAUACAGACUUACUAAAGGUGACAACCAACUGGAUUUAACAUUUGAAUCACACACGUUUUUCAAAGAUAAUAUUCACAUUCCCCAUCACGUAUCAGACAUUUUGUCAGACAUUACAUACUAUGUGUACAAAGCUAGAAGGACUCCUAAAUCCAUUUUGUGUUCACAUGUCCGCCCUAAAUGGGUUCCUAAUGAGUAUCCUCUGAGUAUGAUGCGCAUGUAUAAUUGGUCUCCAGAUGAAUGCAUUCCAGAAUUUUACACAGAUCCAUUAAUAUUUUCAUCAAUUCAUGAAGAUUUGCCAGAUUUAGAAUUGCCGGUUUGGUGUACAACCCCAGAAGAAUUUAUAGUCAAGCAUAUGGAGGUUUUGGAGAGUGAUAAAGUUUCUGAGAACCUACAUCAAUGGAUAGAUCUCACCUUUGGAUUCAAGUUAUCAGGUAUUGUGGCUGUGAAGGAGAAGAAUAUCAACCUCCAGCUUGUAGAUGACCAUAAAAACAUUACAAAUCAUGGGGUAGUACAACUGUUUACAGAACCACACCCUUACAGAAUACCCAAACAACUAGCUAAUAAACCUGAACCUCCAAAGAUUGCUAAAAAUGUUUUGUGGUCACAGAUACAUGGUUUAGAAGAAGCUGCCCUCCCUGGAGACAGAAGAAUAGGAUCAUUUUCACAAACAGCACAGAGACCAGAAACAGCCACUGUUAUAUUACCCAGAUAUUAUGAUCCUUUGGCAAGUCUGAAUCAGCUAGAGGUCCUUUAUAACUUAACAAGUCACAACAUGGGGCAGAUACCACCAAAACUACAACAGGAGGAAGAAAACAAACUACCAGAUAAUGCAGCUCAUGUGAUGAGAGAUAUGUAUGUGUUUGGAUGUCUGAUGUGUGAACUGUUUCUCCAACCAGUCCUCUACAUGGAGGAAUCAAACGCACCUCUACACAAAAGAUGGAAGCUGAUAUGUAAAUACUGUACAGAAAAUACUGCUUUGGUUCCAAAGUCAAUUCAGAGAGCAGUUGAAAUUUUGUUGAACAUGGAACAUUACAGAUCAAAACCAGAUAACACAGAUUUUACUUACCCAGUAAUAACUAGUGCAGGGAUGUCCCCACCUACUCCUUCACAACUGUUAUGUCCCAGCGUUGGUAUACUACCGUUUCCUGAUUACUUCCCCUUAAUGUUUGAGACCAUCUGCAAACUAAAAGAUAUAGACAGAAAACUUGAAAAAAUAGGAAUUGAAAGUCAGUCAAAUUUAAUUGAAAAGCAGAAAUUGCUUAAGGUGACUGCAAGAGAAAAGGUCACUGUUAUGCAAAAAUACUUAGAGAAGAUUGGUGGAACACUUAACGAAGAAGGCAUUGAACUGUUACUCCCACAUAUAGAAGAGCUAUUUGCUAAUGAAGACACCAGUGUUCAGGCUGCUUGGUCACUCUUUAAUCUGCUUGGGCUUGAAAUUGACUCAAAUCAAAUGAAGAGACAGUUUUUACCAUACCUGGUUAAAUUAUACCAUGUAGAUAAUCCAACCCCUAAAUACAUGAAAAUAUACCACAAAAGUUUCAUUGUACAAUUGAUUUUAAGAUUAGGAUUGGAUUCAUUCCUUAGUAAUUUCUCUACAACAUUAGUAGAGGCAGUGGCUGGGUACAAGGAUUAUGUUUUUGAAGAUUUAUACACAGAGCAAUCAGAUAUGGAAUCUUUUCUAGAAAAAAGUUCAUUGCACUUACCUGUCCUAAAGGAAGAAAAUGGAAAAUUGGGGACCAGUCCAGGACAGUCAGGAACCAGUCUGUCUGAAAAUUGCAAUUCAAAUAUGCGAACCCCUGACGAUGUAGAUGAUAUUGAAGAUGAAAUAGGUGAUGAUGGGUCUAGAGAUUUAGAUAACCAAUCAAAUUCUGGUGAUAGUUUGAAUGAUGCAGAAAGGGUUUCGUUACAGAGUUAUGAUGGAGCAAUGGACAAAAAAGAUUAUGAGGACAAGGAAUCAGUAAACAGCUUGUCAGCAGCUAAUGAUUAUGAAGAAGAGGAAGAGGAAAAUAUUCUGCAAUUUCAGGUUUCAGAGGAAGUUGAAGAAGAAGAAGUCUCAUCUGGUCCUGAUCAAGAAGAUAAGGGCAGAUCUUGUCUUGAUGAACCCUACCCCAAAAAGAAGCCCAUUCCAACAAAUAUGAAUAAUAAUGGACCAGGAACACAUAUGAUUAGGAGUGAAACUGAUGAAUUUGCAAAAACAAUGUCAGAUAGGACUGCUUCAGAAGUUGUCAAUAUUAGAGAUGUUUCUAUGGAAACCAUUAAAUGGCUUUCUCAUAGAAUUGGUCCCUUUUUAACUGCAAAGUAUUUAUCCAGAAAUCUACUAAGAAUGAUGGUGUUAUGUUACCUUGGAGAAGAGCAAUUGAUGUCUAUUGAAGAUAAAGAAGAUAAACUGAAGACUUCCAGAUAUAUACUUGGAGACAGACAUGCAGAGAAAGUGAUUGGCUCUUUGAUGUUUAUUGCCAAGUUGUAUGGUGAACAAGUAAUACUUCUACAAUAUAUCCCAUCUAUUGUGGAUAUAGUUUAUGUAGCCAAGAAAAGAUUAACAAAUAAAGCAGAAGCUGGAUUGGUUAGCUCCCUUGUUUUACUUCGACAUAGUAUACCACUAUUAUCAGACACUAGGUUGAUGGAUAUUUUAAAGGAAACCAUUGUGAAGGAGAUUCUACAACAAGUGAUUAGAGUGGUGUCAUCCCCAUCCCACAACUUCCCUAGUGGUAGUACCAUGAGGACUGUCAUUUGCCAUAAGUUCAUCGAUGUUGUCUACAUCCUGGGAAUCCGAAUUGGCUUUGAGAUGACAAGACAACAUAUGACUAAAUUGUUACAGAACUUCUUUGUCUGUUUUAAUCCAGUCAAUGACACACAAGGAGAUGCUUGUAACUCUCCACAGACUUUGAAACAUGUCAAAUCAAAUGCAUCAAUGGAUGACUAUUUUUGUCACAUAAAAAUAGAUGAUUCCACCCAAGAGUAUACUAUAGGUACCCCUGUCAGUAUGAUGAGCUUUACUAAAUCAUUGUCUCCUCAGAUCAGUCCUCUUAAAAGAAGACAGCCUCAUAGUCUCUCUACUAGCUCAGAUGACAAAGAUGAAUCUUCAGAAGCAGCACAAGGAAAAGAUGUCAAAAAAGAAAUGGAAGGUGUCUUCAAUUCUGAAUUAGCAAUGGCAUCAUACAUACCAUUUUGUAGAAUAUUUGGAAGUAUACAUAUGGAGAAAUGUUUACCAAAUGAAGACUUGAUCAGACAGUUAUGUUCUCAGUAUGAUAAUACAUUGGGUGAAACUAAUGGUGUAGAAGAAACUGAUACAAGUACCAAAACAGAUGAUACCAAUGUAGAAUUGUUAGGAAAUAAGAUUAACUUACAACAGGAAAAAAAUCAACCCGCUUUGAACUUUGAGUUGAUGUCUAUUGGACCAAUACAUAGGAAUUCCAAAAUAUUGUCACUGGAUCCUGAGCUUACAAAAAGUGCAGACAUGGAGAAACACAAGAGAAGACAUUUAAGGGGAAACUGGCUUGCCUACUGGGAACAUGAAUUAGGUUUAAGUGAAAGAGAUACCCUUUUCAACUUUAAACAGAUAAAACUUCAAACCUUUGAAGGUCACAAUGGCAGCAUAAAAACAUUGACAACCCUUGACAACGAAAAUUCAUUUAUUAGUUCGAGUAAAGACAGAACUGUUAAAUUGUGGUCAGUCAAAAGCUGUGGUGAUGGUGUAGCAAAAAUCAGAUGCCACUGGACUUACAGAGAGCACAAGAAGUCUAUAUAUUCUAUUGUUUUUCUUGAAUCAGUCAGACUGGUCGCAUCUUGUGACAGUUCAGUCCAUAUUUGGGACCCAUUCACACAGGAUAUCGUAAGAAAUCUAGAUUCUAACAGAUAUAGUCCUGUAACUGCUAUGGCUUCACUCCCAGCUCCUUCAACUAUGGUGUUAACUGCUAAUACUGAUUCUCAACUCAGGUUUUUAGAUCUCAGGACAGUUGGCUAUGCACAUGAAUACAGAUGUUCUACUGCAUCAGCAGGUUUAAUUCGAUGUAUGGCUGUAAGUCCAGACAGUCAAUGGGUAGCAAUAGGAUUUUCUUCAGGGAUCAUGUCACUGCUAAAUCUAACAACUGGUAUUAUGUUAGGAACCUGGAAGGCUCAUGAAGGGGAGAUUAUUCAGAUGAAAGCUUACAGUAAUAAUAAGUUUAUAUCAUGUUCCUACGACCAGACAGUCAAAGUUUGGAAUGCUGAUGACAUCAAAGAUGUUUUUAUACUUAAAGGUCACACAGAACCAGUGCAUUGUAUAUCUCUGUACAAAAAUCAGGUUUUGACUGCCACUACUGGUAACAAGAUAGGGGUACAUUCCACUGCUGAUGAACAGGCUAUGUUUACAUCAGAGAAGAUGAGAUCAGAUACAUUUAAAGGUGUAUUAACCAGUAUGGCUCUCCUACCAUUGAACAGAAUGUUAUUGCUGGGAGCUGACAAUGGAUCAAUAAGAUUAUUUUGUUAGCCUUUAACAACUAAAUCAUGAAGACCAUUUAGUCAUUCGAUAUUCAGCCAUAUGAGAAUGUAUUUUAACUAUGACAACUUCAUGAUUUUCUCUGUCAGAACAUCUUUUGAACCUGUCAGAAGUCAACUAUUAUGCCAGUUAUUGAUGCAACUUAGUUAAUCAGAUAAAUCUUGCUUGUUAUAUAUCCCAGGACAUAUUUUACUUUUAUUUGCCACAAAUGUCUAUCUGCUCAUAUGUAUUAUUUGUAAAAAGUAAAGUGACCUAAUCGAUUUGUUUUUAUUAUGCAAUUAUUUUUUAUUUUUAUCUAUUUAUUCUUAAUUUGAAUAUUGUUUUCAUCAAGCCAGUACUAGUGCAAUAUAAGAAAAUUUAGUUUUGAAGAUUGUAUAUAUAUGUCAAAAUUAUUUUUGUUGUCUUGUCCAUGUUACCCGUAGAUUAGUCUAAUUACAAAUGUUUGAUAUCAGUACAAUAUUAUUUUAACGGUAUUUACUCUUGUUUUCUGGAUUUCACUGUAUUGCUUUCUGUUAAUUUUUCCUUAUCAGAAUAACAAAAGCAAACUCUUAUAUGUAUGUGAACAUUUUACACAAUUAAACAAAUGUAUUUGUAUUAUGGAUCAUUGUAAAUAGAUUAAUAUCCAUUAGUUAUUGUUGACUAUGCAUAAUGAGGAUUUGCAGAGAAAAUUAUAUUUGUAUAUGGAGUAUCUUUUUGCUAUGCUUAAUUCAAUUCCUCUGCACAAAACGUUUAUCUAUUUAUUCACAAAGCCAACGUAUUUGGCUAAACUAGCAUGCUGUUUUAGGUAUGCUUAUUUGGUUUUGUAUCAAAUAUCAAACAUGAAGAAAAGAUUUUUAUGCCCAAACUACAAUAGUAGGGGGGCAUUAUGUUUUCUGGUCUGUGUGUCUGUUCGUCUGUCCCACUUCAGGUUAAAGUUUUUGGUCAAGGUAGUGUUUGAUGAAAUCAACUUGAAACUUUGUACAUGUGUUCCAUAUGAUAUGAUCUUUCUAAUUCAAAUGCCAAAUUAGAUUUUUGACCCCAUUUUCACCGUUCACUGAACAUAGAAAACGAUAGUGUGAGUGGGGCAUUCAUGUAUUAUAGACAAAUACCUGUUCUUUUUAUUAAUUUAAAAUUUUAAUUUACAAAUAUUCAGGUACUUAUUUGCCAAAAUCAUGUUCUUGUGUUAAAUAUUGUACUUAAAAAAUAGUCUGAUUGUAUUAUUUGCUUACAUAAUAACUAAAGAAAAACCUAUGCAGUCUCCGGCUGAUAAGCAUUAACCCUUUCCUCCAUAGUGACACCUUUUGACGCCACCCCCUUUACUCCAUAAUGACGCCUUUUGACACCUGUGUAGUACCUCAGUUGAAACGCUUUGACUACGAUGUGUCUGGAGUAGACUAAAUAAAAUUUGUCUCCAAUAUGUAAAGGAAUAUCAUAAGAAUAUCCGACUUAAAUUUAUUUGAUGAAAUAUUUGUUUUUCCCAAUCCAUUAAUACUUGAAAACAUAUUAUCAAAAUUUUAUUGCAAAAUCCUAUGCGAAUCGAGUAUGCAAAAAAAAAAGUUCAAUGGAGGAAAUGGUUAAGGGCCUAUCCAAGUUUAUUUCUGAAGGUGAGAAUGUUUUCCCUACAACAUAUAAAGGCUAUUUUUUACCUGCUAUCAAAUAUGUAAUAAAAAAUAUACCUUCAUGUGCUUCUUUUUGAGUAAAAUGAGGUCGAAAUUUCAGAUAUUUGCUAAAAAUUUUGACUUGUGGAUGUAUUUUUUCUGCAGACAGAAACUUUUUUGGUUCUAAAAGAUAAACACGGACUGGUUUUUUGUUAAGUUCUUUUUUAUAUAAGUAUCCCAUAAAUUUAGGAAAUAUUUUGUUUAGAAAUAACUAAAAUUUAUCAAAUGUUCAUGAAUGUAGAACAAACAUAAUUUUUUGCUGUAUAUUUAUCAAAUUUAAAAAAAAUUGCAUCAUUGACUAUUUCAUGUCAUGAAAUUUUAUACAAAUAAUCUUCAUACAUAAUUAAACUUUAAAUUUUUUCUCGAUAUGUCACAGUUUGAUGAAGUGAAAUUUAACAUUUUAUGUUAGCAAUGCAUUACCUCCCCUGUAACUGUAUCUUAUGCCCUUAAAAAGAUAUUGGAAAUUCAGACAUUAUGUCCUAUUGAAAAGUAAAUAAUAUUGGAAAUUAGAUUGUAAGCCAACUCAAACAAUAUUUAUUGUUAGACUUUUUAAAACCUUAUACCACAGGAUUAUAUCAGCAAAUUCUUUGAUUCUUUUAUCAGCACUUUCAACAAUUUUACAGUAGUUAUGCCCCUUGGAAUAAAACUUAUAUUGAAAAUUGCAUUCAAUUUUAGGAACUGGUGCCAUAUUGUCAUAGGAUAUUUAUGAAAAAUUUUAAAAGAAUAGAAAGAUAUUUAUUGGAGUUAUAACCCAAAGACAGAUCAAACAUUUGAAUGCUGUUAUUAUUUUCAAGUUGUUUUUUAAGAUCAUUCAGUAUAUAUUUAUAUUUUAGUUGUUAAAAUGAAUUAUAGAUCAUGACAAUUUUCUUACCCUACAUAUUUAUUUUGUGAAAGAUGCAAGUGUAACUUUCCAUUCGCAAGUUUAAGUGUAUUACAUUGGUAAUUAUUUUAUAUAAUUUUCUACAAACUUCAUUCCAUUCGCAAGUUUAAGUGUAUUACAUUGGUAAUUAUUUUAUAUAAUUUUCUACAAACUUCAUUCCAUUCACUUUCAUUUUUAAACGACCGCAAAAUUUGAAAAAUUUUCGUCCUAUAUUGCUAUCACGUUGGCGUCGUGGUCUGCGUCGUCGUCCGUAUACUUUUAGUUUUCGCACUCUAACUUUAGUCAAAGUGAAUAGAAAUCUAUUAAAUUUUAACACAAGGUUUAUGACCACAAAAGGAAGGUUGGGAUUGAUUUAGGAGUUUUUAUCCCAACAUUUUAGGAAUUAGGGGCCAAAAAGGGCCCAAAUAAGCAUAUUUAAUUUUUUUCGCACAGUAACUUUAGUUUAGUAAAUAGAAAUCUAUGAAAUUUUGACACAAGGUUUAUAACAUCAAAAGGAAGGUUGGGAUUGAUUUUGGGAGUUUUGGUUUUAACAGUUUAGGAAUUAGGGGCCAAAAAGAGGUCCAAAUAAGCAUUUUUCUAAGUUUUUAAGUAAAUAGAUAUCAAUUGGAGUUAUCUUUCUUUGUACAGAAUAGUAGUUGAAUCAACUUUUUUGCACCAUAACUUUAGUAUAAAGUAAAAUCACAAAAAUACUGAACUCAGAGGAAAAUCAAUUUGGAAAGUCCAUAAUCACAUGGCAAAAUCAAAACGCAUCAAAAACGAAAGGACAAGAACUGUCAUAUUCCUGACUUGGUACAGGCAUUUUCAAAUGUAGUGAAUGGAAAUCUUUGAAAUUUAAUCAGAAGGUGUAUGACCUCAAAAGGAAGAUUGGUAUUGAUUUUGGGAGUUUUGAUCCCAACAGUUUAGGAAUUAGGGGCCAAAAAGGGGUCCAAAUAAGCUUUUUUUUUGGUUUUCGCACCAUGACUUUAGUAUAAGUUAAUAGAAAUCUAUGAAAUUUAAGCACAAGGUUUAUGACCAUAAAAGGAAGGUUGGUAUUGAUUUUGGGAGCUUUGGUCCAAACAGUUUAGGAAUAAGGGGCCCAAAAGUACCGAAAAUUAAACUUUGUUUGAUUUCAUAAAAAAUUGAAUAAUUGGGGUUCUUUGAUAUGCCGAAUCUAACUGUGUUUGGAGAUUCUUAAUUUUUGGUCUCGUUUUCAAAUUGGUCUACAUUAAGGUCCAAAGGGUCCAAAAUUAAACUUAGUUUGAUUUUGACAAAAAUUGAAUCCUUGGGGUUCUUUGAUAUGUUAAAUCUAAAAAUGUACUUAGAUUUUUUAUUAUUGGCCCAGUUUUCAAGUUGGUCCAAAAUAGGGUCCAAAAUCAAACUUUGUUUGAUUUCAUCAAAAAUUGAAUAAAUGGGGUUCUUUGAUAUGCCAAAUUUAACUGUGUAUGUAGAUUCUUAAUUUUGGUCCUGUUUUCAAAUUGGUCUACAUUAAAGUCCAACGGGUCCAAAAUUAAACUUAGUUUGAUUUUAACAAAAAUUGAAUUCUUGGGGUUCUUUGAUAUGCUGAAUCCAAACAUGUACUUAGAUUUUUUUAUUAUGGGCCCAGUUUUCAAGUUGGUCCAAAUCAGGAUCUAAAAUUAUUAUAUCAAUUUUUCUCAUUUGAAUUUCAUAAAUAAAAAGAAAUUCCUUCAAGCAUUUUUUUGAGAGGAUUAAUAUUCAACAGCAUAGUGAAUUGCUCAAAGGCAAAACAAAAAUUUUAAGUUCAUUAGACCACAUUCAUUCUGUGUCAGAAACCUAUGCUGUGUCAACUAUUUAAUCACAAUCCAAAUUUAGAGCUGUAUCCAGCUUGAAUGUUGUGUCCAUACUUGUCCCAACCGUUCAGGGUUCAACCUCUGCGGUCGUAUAUAGCUGCGCCCUGUGGAGCAUCUGGUUCAACUUUACACUUGUUUAUGUCAAUAGUAGUUUUCAUUAAGUUAAAUAUUGCUGAAUCAGCAAUACAGUGUUCUGUUUUUGUACUUUUGUUUACUUAAUGUUAUUGGUUUAUAAUGAAGAAAUUUUAUGAAUAAACAUCAAAUGUUCAGCUC